GAGCACAACGCCACGCAUCAACGAGAUGGCCAUGGCGAGGCGGAGGCUUCUCGCGCUCGCGUCCCAGCUCCAGAGGAGGGCUCCAGCGCCGCCGGCGACGCAGCCGUGGCGGCGCGCCACGCCCCGGUUCCUCUCCUCAGCGGCGUCCGGCCCCCUCGACCGCCUGAAGACGCCGCCUUUCGCGCGCCCAGCGCCCAGGAACCCCGCCUCCUCUCCAUGGGAUCGAUUCGGAGGAGGGCAGAAGAGGACCAUGUUCAUCCAGACACAAUCCACUCCAAACCCACAGUCGCUCAUGUUCUAUCCCGGAAAGCCAGUUAUGGAGGUCGGGAGCUCUGAUUUCCCAAAUGCUCGGACCGCGAUGACAUCCCCUUUGGCUAAGGCACUGUUUGCGAUCGAUGGUGUAACCAGGGUAUUCUUUGGAUCUGAUUUUGUAACUGUUACAAAAUCAGAAAAAACUUCUUGGGAUUACCUUAAACCUGAGGUUUUUGCUGCGAUAAUGGAUUUUUACUCAUCUGGGCAACCACUUUUUCUAGACUCAAAUGCUGCAGCUGCUAUGGACACAGCAAUUCAUGAGGAUGAUUCAGAAAUAGUUGCCAUGAUAAAGGAAUUGUUGGAGACUCGCAUUCGGCCAGCUGUUCAAGAUGAUGGUGGUGACAUUGAAUACCGAGGAUUUGAUCCAGAAACAGGAAUAGUUAAGCUUAAAAUGCAAGGUGCCUGCAGUGGCUGUCCAAGUUCAUCGGUCACAUUGAAGUCUGGGAUAGAAAACAUGCUUAUGCACUAUGUACCUGAGGUGAAAGGAGUAGAGCAGGAGCUUGAUGGUGAUGAGGAAGCUGAGCUAGCUGGAGCUGGACAGGUGGAGUGAGUUUUUACACAUCCUCUUCAAAUGUUAGCAAACUUUGCGUGCAUGAUAUAUUUGGGGAGUUUCAACAUCCCGAAAGGUUAUCCAUAUGUUUAUUUUUCCGAGAAAGACUUCUGCGAUGAUUAGCUGUCGUAGCAGUCUUGAUGUAUGCAGGAGGCAGACUACCAUAGGUAGCGGAGAGGCAGCAGUUGUCUGAACUAACAACAGUUGCACUAGGAUCCAAAUAAAAUGACACUGUGAAUUGCUUUUAUUUUGCCGAAUUGCUGUAUAUAUGCUGAGUUUGUCUAAUCAAUUAUGAAGGUAUCGAAUUUGGCGUGACAAAUGUAAUUCCACAGGGCUGUUUGCUUGUACCUGAUUACCUUCCUAUCCUCCAUGAGCUGUAUGAUUUAUAUUGCCUCUGCAGUCAUUGAAUAUUGCAAAUAUAUUUUGUAAUCUCUAUGCUCGCCUAAGAUACAAAAACUUUUGUUCUUUUAUUAUCAGAAGACUGAGUGCCGCAUACAGGCACAGAAAAUUUACUUUACUGUAAUUGAAAUGAAACAAAUAGACCAUUUUUAUUCACUUGACCUUUUAUUACACAUGAAGAAGGGCGAUGCCUGCUUUUGAUUACCCAUCCUCAAUCAAGGGGUAACAAAGAACAUACAUAGGAAUUAAUCAAGGGUGAUAAAACACAUACAAUGUGGAUUUAA